UCCCAUCCCAUCCCAUCCCAUCCCAUCCCAUCCCAUCCCAUCCCAUCCUUCUUCAUCCCCAUCUCCAGCCUCUUUUCCAUCCCCCAUGGCUCUGCAGCAGCACCAGGACCAACCGGCCCACCUCCCUACCCACUCCACCUCCACCCCCAGCAGCAAGUUCAUCUCCAAGCUCGGCGCUGGGGCUGUUGCGGGUAUCACCGGUGUACUGAUCGUCUAUCCCCUGGACAUGGUCAAGACAAGAUUACAGAAUCAGAAACGAGACGCUGCGGGCAAGCUACAGUACCGAGGCGGGCUGGAUUGCUUUCGCCAGGUCGUCGCUAAGGAAGGUGUCCGUGGACUGUACCGGGGCAUUGUCCCCAAUCUUGUUGGAAUCACCCCCGAAAAGGCCAUCAAGUUGGCCGUCAAUGACUUUUCCCGCGAGUACUGGGCAGCGCAGACCAAUGUCUCCGAGGACCAGCUGGCGAUCAAGUAUGGCAUGUUGGCGGGAGCCACCGCAGGUUUCUGUCAAGUCAUCGCUACCAACCCCAUGGAGAUUGUCAAGAUUCAGAUGCAGGUUGCUGGCUCGCAGAAACUAGCGCCUGGCGAACAACGUCCCACUGCCAUGGGCAUCGUCCGUUCGCUGGGGCUGCGUGGUCUGUACAGAGGCACACCUGCCACGCUGCUGAGGGAUGUGCCAUUCUCGAUCAUGUUCUUCCCUCUCAAUUCAUUCCUCAAGCUGCAGGGCGCAGACAAGGAUGGCAAGGCAUCAUUCUCCGUCGUAUUGGGUGCCGGUCUCGCUUCAGGUGUCGUUGCAGCCUCCGCCGUCACCCCAGCAGAUGUGAUCAAAACCAGACUCCAGGUCGCACGUAAACCUGGUGAGCCUGUCUUCAAGGGCAUCGCCGACUGCUUCCAGCACAUUGUCAGGAAUGAGGGUGUCGUAGCAUUGUUCAAGGGUGUCGUUCCUCGAUCUCUGAUCGUUGCCCCCAUGUUUGCCAUCGCCCUCGUUGUUUACGACCUGCAACAGCGCUUAUUGGGACCAUCCAGCAUUGAGCUUGGCUCCACUCACGCGGCGAUAAACACACCUAUCCUAAUGCUGGACGGCAAAAAGUAGACCAAAGAAGCCGAUCAUACCGCCCAUGCACUCUCCUGAAUUCUCCACUAUUUCUUCAUGCUCACUCCGUCAUCAUACUCCAAGCAUCUAGUUCUCCCCUCUUUGUUCUGUACUAUUUGUUUAGCCCACAUAGACCCGUUGUGAACAUGCGUCUAAAGCAUAGACGCGACUCACUUCUUUGUAGAAUAAUAAAAAAAAAAAUUAGAAACGCG